AUGUCGCAGUCUCCUCUCCACCGUCUCCCCGCCGAACUGCUCGUCCUUGUAUUUAACAGUCUACCACGCAUCAAGGAUGCCGUGUCUCUCGCCUUGACAUGUAAGAAGACUUAUGCGCUCUUUGAGCGGUUCGAGGAUCGGGCGAGGAUCAUUUAUAGUAUCGUUGAUAACAUCCCCACAUCCCUGCCAAAAUCAUACCCAACGAAAUCCUGGCUCGAGGGAUACUUCCCACCAAACACUCCACUCUGGACGCCGACAGCGACACACAUCCCAAAGGAGCUGGAACACGAAGAGACGCUUGCCUUUCUUAAAACGACGGGGUUUCCUAUAUUCGAAUGUGAGCGGCUAGAUUUCUCGUCUAGGAUCCUUGAACCCGCUGAGCCCGGCAAGAAAUCCGAGGACGAUGCACCACCGGUCUCUAAGCGCAAAGUGGACGAGACAUCGCAACGAGCAUCCUCAGAAGACGGCUCGGGCGAAGAGGAUAGCGGCAAGGAAGACGAAGAUGGAGGCGAAAAGGAAGACGAGCAAUGGAAGGACCCCCUCCACCUCGGCACCUGGUUCUCGCAAGACGUCGCCGUUGACUCCAGGACGGGCAAAAUCCAGCGCCGGAGUUGGGAUGACGACGGGGAUGACGAGGACGAGGACGAGGAUAUCGCGGAGAAUGUCGGGAGAUUCUUGGUGCUGUUGGGUGUGAUACGCAGUGUUAUGUGCGAUCUACAGAUAUGUGGGCUGCAGAGGUUCAGGAAGGAGCAAAUCGAGCGAGAUGAGGAGGUUGAGGAGGUCGUGCUGGAGAAGUUGUUUGAGGGACUCGGUGCCGUUGAUCAGUUGGUCAAGGAGGCCGCGUUUUGGGGGUGGAUUUGUAAUUAUCUUUGUACUUGA